GUGUGCGCGUCCGUCUUAUUUGCAGGCUGCAGCCGCUUCUCGCCUUCUUCCUCCCUCCCUCCUCCAGCAUCUCUCUGUAACCUUCUCGGCCUCUUCUCCUAAUUUUUAACGAAUAGAAACCUUUUGAUUGCUUUUUAGAUUAUCUUCUUGUUUUCGAUCUAUUCCACCCUCCAUUCUUUUCUUCAUUUUUCUCGUUUCUAGCGAUCUUCCAGCAGAUUCUAUUCCAAAAAUUCGGUUUUGUUUAUCUUUUUUGGGUUUAUUUAAUACUCAAUUCGUCUCCAUUUUUGAUAUUUUGACUCCGGAUUGAUAGAGCAGAAUUAGUUUGCGGUCCUUCAACCAAGAGAUAAGAAUCAAAGUUCAGGAAGGAUUUCAAAGUGAGAGACUCCUGCGAUUGUUCUUGAAUUUGGGUUUUUUGAAUAUUCUGAAGAAAUAUAUGUGGAUUUUUCCUUGUCUUGGGGGUUAGAUUAGGGCAUUCCGGAUUUUAUGUGAGCUGUCCUAUUGGAAUUAGAUGGAUUCGGCUGGAGUUGAAGUUAAUAACUGUCAUGAAACCAAGUCUUCUGUUUUCGUGGAUUCUAAAAGGGAUGGGGUUGAUAAGGGGGAGGAGAAGGAGGAGGACGGGGAGACCAACUCCCUUCUGCGACCAGUCUCGAAUGGAGGAUUGGCGGCGAAGAGGCAGAAGAGUUCGAGGAGGAAAGUCCAAUGGAACGAUCGCAACGGCAACAAGUUAGUGGAGGUGUUGGAAUUCCAGCCAAGUGAUUCAAGUGACUCCGAGGACGACUCCAGCCAUGGGACCUCGAUUUGGGAGCACGCAAUUGUUGGUUGCGCUCAAGUUUUCUGUUGCCUGGGUGACCUAUGGGCUCGCUCAUAAAGCGACCCCAUGUUUCUUAUCAGGGUGAUCCAUUUUUCAUUUAUAGAUUGAGGGUAUUAGAGCUUUUAAAUCACAGCAUAAGAUUAACAGGUGAUCUCAGUUUGAUUUUUGGUUCAAAGAAAAUUCAUGUAUCGCUGGCUUGAGAUGGAUGAAGAUUUAAUGUGCUUCCCUCCGUAUAUGAUUGAAAUACUUGAGUAUUGAUGAUUUUUUAACAACCUUUUCUCCUUUCAAAAGUCUGGGGCAUUUGGAACUAUAUUGAUGGUCCAGAGGGCCCUAACUGGUUUCAUUUCAAGAGUCUGUAAUCAGGCCAUGAGGCUGAUUAAAAGGGGAACAAAAACAUCAUCGCAUAAGUGUGUAAAUCAUGAUAAUUUUGUACAUGUUUUUCUGAAAAAUAAUGGAUUAUCAUUUGCAAAGUUAGAUGUAAUUAUGCUAUAAUUAUACAUUUUAA